UCCUCCAGGAUGUUGAUCUCCGACACAGCUUGGGAUCUUUUUCUUUCACUUUUCUUUUAGCUGGGGUUGGGACUCCCCAGCUGGAAAGCGCACUGGGAAACCGGGGAAACCCCAGCUGAUUCGCCCCUCGUACCUUGAUUGCUCACACUGGCUGCAGCCUCGCACCCUGCAGCCAGAACUCGAUGGAGGUACAGAAUGGGAGGCGGUGGUGAUGGUGGUUGUGGAUCAACAAUGGAAGUUUUCCCGAAAGCCUACGCCCGGGGCCCCUCCCAGCUCUGGCUCUGCUCAGGCACCCUUCUCCCCACCAGCUGCGGGCCAAGGCGCCCCGCCCUCUUGACCGAGACUUCAGUACUCAGUGGCACUAUAUGCAGAGUGUUUUCCCUUCUGUCCAGCCAUUCUUCUCCGGGGUUCUCCUCUACAUCUUCCCCUUGCAGAGUAGGGCAGCUUGCCGGUCCUCCUGCGAGUCUCACCAGCCCGCUGCUCCUGCGAGUCUCACCAGCCCGCUGCGCCCUGCAGCUUGUGGUGUACCUCGCUCCGCGCUGCAGGGACCUUGCCAGGGCAGGCCCAGGGGGAGCAACGCGCGUCUGUCUGCCCCCGCCCAGCUGCAGAGUUGGCCGAAGACAGGAUCCUGCUGCUUGGAAGGCUGAGUUCCCCAUCUACCCGAGGAGCUCAGAGAGGUCAGGAAAGAGUCCAUGCCGACACAUGGCCCUCUGGCUCUUUGAAGCAGUAUCUCUUCAUGGUCCACGCUUGUGAGGUCCUUUAGAGCACACAGCCCCUGUCAGCAGAUAACCAGCCUACAGGAGGUCAAGAGGCGUUCUGCAUGGAUGGCAGCUGGAAGCCCAUCGCCAUAGCCAGCUCUUCACCACUGAAGCAAUUACCUGGGCAUUAAGUAAUGAAAAUUUUGAAACCAUAUAUGAGGAAUACAUCCAUCUCGUGCUACUUGUGUUUCCUGCUAAACAGUCAUUUCCUAACUGAGGCUGGCAUUCAUGUCUUCAUUUUGGGCUGUGUCAGUGUAGGUCUCCCCAAAACAGAGGCCAACUGGAGGGAUGUACUAAGUGAUCUAGAAUAUAUUGAAUCUCUUAUUAAAUCUGUCCGUAUCGAUGCCACUUUAUACACGGAGAGUGACUUCCAUCCCAGUUGCAAAAUUACUGCAAUGAAUUGCUUUCUGCUGGAGUUACGGGUUAUUUUACAUGAGUACAGUAACGUGGACCUGAAUGGAACAAUAGAAAACGUGAUGUUACUAGCAAACAGCUCUCUGUCUUCUAACAAGAAUAUAACAGAAUAUGGCUGCAAAGAAUGUGAGGAACUGGAGGAAAAAAGCUUCAAAGAGUUUUUGCAGAGUUUUAAAAGUAUUGUCCAAAUGUUCAUCAACACUUCUUGAUUGUCACCGAUGCUCUUCAGGGAUUCUGUUAUUACCGCGCUGCUGCCUGCUGUGCAUCUGAGAUCCGCUGGGGAAACAAAGCAGCAGAAGCAGCAGCCGAUGAGCCACUUGGAUCAGAUGAACUCCGGGAGACGCCGGAGAAAAGGGACUCUUCUCAGGCUUC